AUGUCCGUGUUGUUUACCUCUGGAUCGGCCGACGACGGUCCAGGCCAUUACGUGGUCCAUGACAACCACGAGCAACCUUGUGGUAACAGCCGUGGGGCCGACGAUUACUGCAAACGGCGGUAUAAGCGAGAAGAAUUGUUGAUUAACAACGUCAUAGAGUGCAGACAGACCAAGCGACAGAAGGAUGUUUGCACAACUCCGCCCUCGCUCUACCUACUGAUUGACAAAAUCUUGGAAAAGCAAGCAAAAGCAGGGCAGCGCGUCGGCAUGUCGCUGUAUAGCCGGAAAGCCGAAGCUAAUCUCAGUACUACUGCUGCAGAUGGCAUAGAGAUUACCACCUGUAUAGCGUUGACCGUUUUCAACGCUUGUAGAGUUCAGCCGUUGACCACCAGGCAGAAUGGUUGA